CAUCAACGCUGAUGAGAUAUUAUCAUAGUGUUGAAAAUAAUAUCUUUUCGCUGAGAAAGGCUAAAGUGUAGAAAUUCAGUCUAGUGGCUGCUAUAUUGACAAGUACACCAAUAUUGUUUGGUUUGGUAUACGAUACUUUCAGCUAACCUGUCUGAAACCUGAUGUGUGUGUAUAACAGGUUCACAGGUUAAAUAUAGUACAGGACAGCAUAUCAUGUCAGUGAUGCGACUUCAUAUGCUUCAGUCAGUGAUGUCUCUCUCUCUCACUUCUGAUAUCAGGGUUAUUCAUUUGCAGGUGGUUUUACAUACAAGUGAGGGGGAAAAUUUGGAACUCACUGAUGAGAUGACAGUUUAUUAACCCCAUCAGGGGCAUUUGAAGUGACACGAGCAUACAAAUAAUACAAGGCUCCCCCCCAGGUUCCACUCCUGCCUGCCAAGAGCAGGAAUCUGAGGCUACAGUGGACACAGGCUCACUGAGACUGCACAGUUAAACACUGGCAAAUGUUGCUUGGUCUUUUUUUAUACUACAGUGUUACAUACUGAUCAUAAUGCAAGCAUAUGAACUACAAAUGCUUCUGUUAUUCUACUUAAUAACACAAUAACAAUAAAAGUAUUGGUUUACUUGGAAAAUUAAAAUGUGGCAUGUUUUGUUUUAUUGCUAUUUGCUCCUAUUAAAAUGUUAAUAGUAAUAUUAUAUAUUUAUAUUUAGCAUUUUGUCUGCAUAAUACAUUAUGUACAUGCAUAAAAGUCUCUUAAAGCUAGUUUAUAUCAUUAUUAUUAUUAUUAUUAUUAUUAUUAUUAUUACAUUCAUACAAGUCUCUUAUAGAGCUUGUUAUUAUUUAGUUAGUUAGUUAGUGUAUGGAACGAAAGACAAAUGAGCACGUGAAAGGGGCGGGGCUUGCAACACCUUUCUCAUUCCCACAGUGUUCAUUACGAUUCAUUCUUCGGUUCUUUCUUUCUUUAUCAUCUUCGCACUUAAGUGAAUCGAACUAGGCGAGUCUCGAUUCAUUUGACUCACCUUUAAAGAACCUAUACACUACCUCACUUUCACGAUUUCAUACUGUAUAAUUAUCUACAGAAUAACUAAUUUUAAGGAUAAGAAGGGUUUUUGUGUAUGUGUGUGUCAGAUAAAAUCAAACUAAUAUAACAAACAACAGACAAAUGAAAAUUACGUAAAAGAUCCGUUAUCCUGCUUGCGAGGCGACUCGCUCGUGCGACUCACUUGAAAAGAGUCGCUUAAAGUGAACCGAUACAGUCGAGCAGAGCUUAUCUGGCUCACUGAUCUGUCCUUGCCUGCUGAAAAUCCUGAGUAUUUUUGACCUGGCGGUUUUUAGUUAGACGUCGUUUCUCUUGGAGUUUUAUCGUCAUAAAGUAGCUUAAAAUCAUUACUUUGGUGUAUUUUUUAUCCUGAACCCUGCUGUUGUUCUUUCUUUAGUUUAACACAAACUUUUCAGCAUCAAUGUCUCAUUGUCUAGUGGCCAGUCUUGCACUUCUGCUUGUGUGCAGCUUAACAGGCACCGAUUGUCUUCUAGUCAUCUGGCCCAGUGGAUCUACGUUGGUUAAUGCUUUUGUGGGCACCAACUUGACACUUGGCAUUUCAUAUAGAGGAGUCACCGAGCCUCUAGUAACGUGGCUGAAUGGGACCCUGAUUCUGGCGACAUGGACCAUAGGCCUCAACACUCCUCCUCCUGACAUCGCCCCAGCAUACAGCAGUGUCUUAUCCAUGGAUCAGACCGGAUCUCUGGUCUUCCAGAACGUUCCAGCCAGCUACAGUGGCACAUACACGGCGCAAAUGGUGAAGCCAGGGGCUCAUGAGGCCUCAGUCAACUUUACACUAUUGGUGUACAACAUCAUCACAGAUGUUUCUGUGGUCGCAGUCUCACAGGACUUUGUAGAGGGAGGAGCGCCAUUCACUCUCUCUUACAGCUCGAUGCAAGGACCGGUCAUGACUUCAGCGUGGUACUUUAAAGGCUUGGAGGUGGUGAACAGCUCUCGGUACCUGAUAACUCAGAAGAGUCUGACCAUAAAUCAGCCAAACCGCAAUGACACAGGGCUCUACAGUGUGGUGCUCUCAAAUCCAUUCAGUAAUGUGACACAGAGCAAGAACAUCACAGUGCUAUAUGGACCAGAACAACCGGUUUUGGAGGUCAGUCCCACAAAAGCAACCUUUGUUUCCGGAGAGACUGUCUCUCUGUCAUGCCGAGCUGAAGGUGAACCGCCUCCCUCGGCCUCAUGGGUGUUUAAUGGACAGUCGCUGCCAACCUCCAAUGGCACACUGCAACUCACCCAUGUUCAGACGAGCCAGAGCGGUGUAUACAAGUGUGUUCUGGUUAACAGCAGGACCAACAUGCGCCUUACGAGGAAUGUCACCAUAAACAUCCAGGGCCUUAGCAGUUCAGCCAUUGCUGGUAUAGCUGCUGGAGUCCCGUGCUUUAUCCUCCUGCUGCUACUCUUCGCAGGCCUCAUCCUCCUCUGUUACUACUGCUAUAAAAAGAAAGGCAAGGGACAUCACUACUCAUCCAUCCAUCUUGCCAUUUUAACUACAAAUUCUUUUUUUUUUUUUUCAGAACGAAAUCCCAGAUAUCCUGUCGCAAGAGCCACGAAGAAAGCUGUUAUCAGUCAGCCUGAUCUGACCAAACCUCACCACCUGCUGACCAGAGGCCUUAAACAGCCUCCAGCCUACAAUCACCACCGUCACCAGGCUCCGAGUGAACGUUCAAGCUCACUGCCGUUAGCGAUUCCCCCUGUCAGAAUGGCCACUACUGUGUAAUACACCCUUGACUCGAUGACCAAUAAUAUUUCUUUGUGUCCUAAAGACAUUUGAUAAGAGGCCUGGCAUUGUUCAGAUCUACCUCACACGCUAUCCAUCAACAGCCAAAGCUUUAAUAAUUUCCUACUUUAUUAAUUGUAAUUUAGAGAAAUUACCUUAAAUGUAGGAACAAAUAACUGUUCAACAUUUCAACACGCUGACCAUUAACACAAAAAACACACUCCUAACAUUCAUUUGCGGCUCUGAAACUUUCUCCUUUUAAGCCACAGACCGUGAAUGACCCGAUAAACACACAAAAAAAUAUUUAAUAUGCACUUUUACCUUGUGAAUUGAUGUAUUUUUAUUAAGUUAUUUUUUAUUUGUACAUACUCUAAAUAAAAUACAUAUAUAAAUUAA